CGCCCACUGACGUAAUGAAGUUGGAGCUCCGCCCCCCCCGGCUGGGGCGGGGCCGGCGGAAGGAGCGGGAGCGGCUGGAGGAGAUGAAACGGGAGCUGGAACUGGACGAUCACAAACUGGACGUGAAGGAGCUCGAGCUGAAAUACAACACGAGCGUCACCAAGGGCCUGUCCGAAGCAGCGGCGGCCGAGCGGCUCCUCCGGGACGGUCCCAACGCUCUCCGGCCGCCCGGGGGCACCCCGGGCUGUGUCCGGUUCGGGCGGCAGCUGGCCGGGGGCCUGCAGUGCCUCAUGUGGGUGGCGGCCGGCAUCUGCCUGAUCGCCUACGGCGUGCAGGAGGGGCAGGGCGACCGCGGCAGCUCCGACAACCUGUACCUGGCCGUGGCGCUCAUCGCCGUCGUGGUGGUCACCGGCUGCUUCGGCUACUACCAGGAGUUCAAGAGCACCAACAUCAUCGCCAGCUUCCGCAACCUGGUCCCGCAGCAAGCCACGGUGGUGCGGGCGGGGCAGGUGCUGCAGGUGAACGCGGCCGAGCUCGUGGUCGGGGACGUGGUGGAGAUCAAAGGUGGGGACCGCGUGCCGGCCGACAUCCGCGUGCUGGCGGCGCAGGGCUGCAAGGUGGACAAUUCCUCGCUGACGGGGGAGUCGGAGCCGCAGACGCGCUCACCUGAGUGCACCCACGACUCGCACCUGGAGACCCGGAACAUCGCCUUCUUCUCCACCAUGUGCCUGGAGGGCACGGCCACGGGGCUGGUGAUCAGCACAG